AUGGUGCUUUCAUCACUGAGUCACGCACAACAGUCAGUCCCAUUCGCAGACGGGGGAGGAGUGGACCUUAACACAGAUGCCAUCAGCACAGCAGACAGCGGAACGCAGCCAACAUUAUCCUUCACAUCGAUAUCAACCGUUAUCGUUACCGAGUUGUCCACAGUAACCCCACCCCCGCCACAAGAAUCUCCCCCAUUUUCAAACACGUCUGCGCCUUCGACAUCGUCAUCUGGUUCAACGUCCUCGCAACCCGAUGUCGUCCACAAAUUGAACAUUUCAACGGAAGUGUCUGUCGCGGAUUUAUCAACGAAUCAGCCGGGAAACGAAUCCAUCACUGAGCAGAAAUUUAGUACUGAUCUCCCAACGACCGAGCUCAUGAUUGACGAAUCCAACUCAACGACGACACCCGCUACGUCCCUGUUAGGACAAGAUUCAACGACGUUGCCAUCUCUGCCAUCGUUUUCAAACUCGUCAGAUGGGAUGGCGACUACUCAAACGACUUUAUUGAAUAGUAUUGGUGUAACAGACAAUGAUACGAUGUCGAUGACGACGACUGCGGAUGAUUUAGUCACAUACGAACUCGUCACUGAGCGCACCAACCCAAUCUAUGAAGACAUGACCACGGCAGCGAGUGAUGAGGGCAUAUUCACAGAAUCUUUCCUUCGCCUUCUAAUCAUCGCCGGUGCAACAGCGGGUUCGUGUCUCGUUCUCCUCAUCGUAGUCUUCAUUAUUGUCGCCUGUUGCCAUAGACGACGACAACGGAAAAAGAAUUCAAGAUACUACGAAUUCAAAAAGAAAGACUUCAGUUCGAAAUAUGAAAAAGUGGAGCAGAAGAACUCGCUAGCCCGCCGAGAUCAUGCAGACGGUAACACACCCAUAGGCGGAGGCUGGGUUUUCAAUUCGAGCGGUUACCAUGGUGAAUACGAAGACGAGACCGCCCAAAACGUCGCAUUGCGCUCCAUCUCACCGCUAGCGGUCGCUACACCACUUCUCAAAGUUUCCCCAGUUGAGGACCAAAAUGGGAUUCCCGACUCCGGCCAUGGCGGGUCCAUCACGGCGGAGGAUUCGGCGCUCGGGCUCUCACCCAGCCUCGAGGAAGAUAUAGAGCUCGAGUUGAGUCCUCUUUACAAAGCCCUGGGUCAUGCUGGGACAUCGAUUGGCACCGGAAGUGAGGUCAGGGAUCACAGUUAUAUCGGAGGCGAUUCGGACACCAUUAGCGAAGGCAACGAACCUGUUGAUGAUGCUCCGAUCCGAGAUGUUCUUUUUAAUUCAUUUGGUGCCAACAGAGCGGCCAGUGAGGACGCUGUUGAACUUUGAACCUGCAAUCAUAUUUUCUAUAUAAAUAUUAUAUUUUUCAUUUAUAUUGAAUGCAUUCUUAUCCAAUUUGAACACGUUUCAUUGGAACAAACUUGAGAAUGAAUGGUGCGAUAAAGCAGGGUGAAGUACUUUGUAUAAAAGAACAAAGAAACUUUAUAUUUUUAUUACAAUACUUUGUCUUCCAAAGAGGUCCCCACUUGUUCUUCAGUGUCUUACACGAAUUAAGGUUCCAGCUUAAUUUUUUGAGAGAUAAGUGCCUUAUUUGCGAUAUUUGGACAUAAUUUUGUAAGGAAGGAUCAAGUACAUAUUGAAAGAGGAAUAUGCCGAAAUGUCAUCAAAUGAGCACGAGGUCCUUGAUGAAGUCUGAAGAUCGAGGAAUGACCUUUUCAUUCGAAGUUUCGACUAAAUCACUUCAGGAUGUGUAUUGGAACUGUUGUACAAGGUUUGGCUGAUAUACAAGAUGCACGCGAAUGAGUCAACCCCGUAUAAGCUUCUGACAACAUUAACAAAGGAGAGGCAAUUCAAUUUUAUUUUUUUAGUAUUUAUUUUAAUUUGGAAGACUAUAUGCAUUCAUGUACGCGAUGAUUCGAGAAUCAAAGUAACAUGGUAUUGAAUGCUACUAGGUUUAGAAAAAAAUGUAACUUUUGUCAUUAUAAUCAGCAAUCUCGGGUCUGAGUCCCGUUUCAAAAGGACUUCUUAAUGCCCAAUUAUUUAUAUAACAAGUUCACUAUCAGCCAGUCAAAUCGAAUGUUUUUGAGUAGGUUUAAACUGUUUAUUGCAAUGUUUUAAUUGUACUCAGUAUGAAACAGACCCCAGGGGUAUCUGGGGGAGGGGUAAGUAGGAUUGGUCGGGUUCCCACUCCCCAUGAUUUUUUCUCUUUUUUUUCUUCAAAUGGUUGAACACACAAAAAUGAGAGAGAUGAAAAAGGAGAAAAACGCUCGAAAUCAACAAUGGAAUGCAGUAUUUGAAAGACACGGCUGGGUCGUGAAAGUGUAAUGAUGCCACCUUAUACUUGGGUCGUCAUGUCUACACCCCUGUCCCUCACCAAAAUACCUCAGUAUACCUGUGUCUAUCAGCUAAUCAAUAUGGAUAUGGCCAAAGCACAUUAAAGUGUCUUAUAAUGACAAGUGUUUACCCUUCUCAUUUUUUAAAAUUCAAUAUCGUGUGAAAGGUGAGCAUUUUAUUUGGGAUAGACUUCCUCAUGAGUGACUUUCAUUGGGUUUUUUUUAUCCAGUAUUGUUCGUGCAUGACGCUGGAUGACUCGCAUCAGUCGCCUUGGUAAUUGUCAUGUAAAUCGUCAUAAUUGAAUUCAUUUGUAGCGCCAUCUUCUGUUCAUGUGAGGACAGGAGUUCUGCACUCAAAUUUUACGCAACAUGAAUGUGUUAUAGAUUUCGAUACAGAUAAUAUGCAUAUUUUAUUACCCAGUUCAAUUGCAGCUAGGAUAGACAAUGUCAAGUAAAAGGAGUAAGUCGUGAUCUGCAUCGCGACUUAUUUUCGUUUCUUCAUGUUCUUGCGCACAAACGCUGGCAUGUGGCCUUUGUGAACGCGCGUUUACCCCCCCCCCCCCCUCCCCAUCUAAACAAACGAUACAAUGCUUUUCAUGAAUCUAACAUUAGUUAUUUAAACAGUUUAAAUGAGAGUUUAAUAUCUUUGAGCACAAAGUUUGAUUUUAAUAUUUGAUUCUCAAUAAAUUAAACUUGGUUGUUUAAUCUGUUAACAAACUAGUGUGAAACUCAUCUAAAACAGCAUUGCCAGCGGAUACAUGUACUUUCAUGACUGUGUGACUACUAUAUUUUAUAUGAUUCGUCGGACAUUGUAUUCGAUAGUUAUCAUAGUAUUACACUCAAAUAGCUGAUGCCUCUCAGCCAAUCAAAACCAAGGAAAGUUGUCAGAUGACAAAUGUUGAUGAAACGCUCCUCUAGCGUCACUUUUUUUUUACAUGUCGUAAAGGUUGUUUUAUGGGCAGUGUUACAUGGAGGUAGGUGCAGUCGCGCCCUCUAUAGUUUUCAAUAGUGAGGUAGAAAUGAACAAAAAAUGGGGGAAAGGAAAGAAAUUCUCCAAAGGAG